AUGGCUGGCCCUCUGUUCGACACGAGAUUUCAACGAACUCCACUUUAUCACUAUUAUUUUACCUUUUCCAUUGAUGUGGCAGCAACUCUGGAGUUCUAUUGUGACGGGGGUGACGAGGUCAUGUUGCAGAAGUUGGCUGGUCUGCAGGAGCACAAAUAUGCUGGUUACUGUAUUGACGAUCCAAGCCAAGAGACACCAAAAUACAAAGUUAUCAACAUUCGGCUAGUGCAGCAAGGCCUCACGAAGCCUCAUCCUCGGAAACCAGAUCAUGCACGGCCUCAGAUGUGCAUUCCUAUUUUUCCAGAGACCGCCCAUCCUAGGUCAAGGGAACCCCUUAGAGUGUCGAAGCCAUUGCCAUGGGACCAUUGCUACCAUCCUACCUGCUACGACCUUUGGGCGCGCGUGCCAUCCGAAUCGCGAGACUAUCUUUACACACCAUAUGUGAUCUUGUCCCUUCCACUUUACAGGGCCCUCCAGGAGGAUAACCUCUACGGUGAACUUCUCCGGGCUGGACUAGACGAUGAUAGAAUCCAGCGAAUUAUUGAUGGUCAAGAAGAGGCUCCGGACACCGACGAUGUUUCAGAGACUGAUAGCCAGGCCUGCCAAAAGUUCCUAGUCAAGAUACCAGGCUCUGAUGAUCUUGGAGAAGAUGGGAUCUUCGUGCCGGUUAUGCGUAUCGAUCACGUCCUGUCAAACGUCCCAGAGAUAUCUGAUCCAUCGCAGUUGUGGGGAGAUGUGGAUUUUUUCCGGGAGAUCGUGCAGGAGUAUCAACUCGCACGCUAUGGAUCGAUCCUUUUCGACCCACCGCAGGUUACAGAGGUUGAUGACACGUCUGUUUAUAGUAUCACAUCGGGGGUAUCUUGUUCAAGUUCGACGGAAGAACUCAGCCCUGACUCCCCAGACUCACAUAAAUUGGACUUGACGUCCAAGGAAUUUCCCUUGGUGCCGGUGCGUAGUCGGAAAGGAAGAAUCAAGUCGCUCUUCUGGUGGGCGAUCAUGAAUCUCGCCGAGCUGGUGAAGUGGCGCAAGUUCUCUAGCAAGUGA